AUGGUCCAGAUGCUCCCAGGUGCUCUGGAGCCUCCGGAGUGCUCUGGACCAGGGGACCUUGCUCUAGUUGCCUGUCCGAUUUUCGUGAUGCAGAGGGUCGUUGGUCUCCUCGCCGCGGGAGGUGAUGUUCUCACCGCCGUCAAUGCUGCAUCGGAGCUUUACGAUUUUCCACUGAAGUUCAGGGGAAACAAAGAGGAAUGGGAGAGUUUUGGAAAAUGUGUCGCGGACGCUAUGGUCGAUGUAGUUGCAGGCAUCGAUUUGUGCAAUGCGUCUAAUGAAGAGGUUAAGCUGCGGAUGGAAAGUGUCACGAAGCUAAGCGAGUAA